CGCGUCCUAACUCUUUCAUCAUCUUGCUUGCCGCCGCCGUGGCCGAUCUUCGCUGCCUGCCAGCCAUGGAAGACUUUUGUGCGGUGUGCGCAGAUACGCUGGAGUGGGUGGCCUAUGGGUCGUGCGGGCACCGCGACGUGUGCUCCACAUGCAUCGUCCGCCUCCGUUUCGUGAUGGGCGACAACAAGUGUUGCAUCUGCAAGACCGUCUGCCCCUUCGUCUUUGUCACUAAGGCCAUGGGUAAAUACACUAGAGUGAUCACUGAUUUCUCUGUGUUACCCGCUGGGGUAAAUGAGGGCAAAGCUGGGGAUUUCUGGUACCAUGAAGAUACAAAGGCAUACUUUGAUGAUGCGGACCACUACCGGAUGAUACGGACCAUGUGUCAACUUUCCUGUAAUGUUUGUGACAACGCAGAAGAUCAGGUUGCUCAAGCAAAGCGCAAAAGCAAGUUCAGGAGCAUUGAACAACUGAAGGGACAUUUAUACUGCGUGCAUAGGUUGCACAUGUGCAAUCUUUGUUUGGAGGGGAGGAAGGUGUUCAUUUGUGAACAAAAGCUUUAUUUGAAGUCACAGUUAGCUCAGCAUAUGAAGACUGGCGACUCUGAAGUGGAUGGCUCUGAGGUAGAGCGCAAUGGUUUUGCUGGGCAUCCAAUGUGUGAGUUCUGCAGAAGUUCAUUUUAUGGAGAUAGUGAGCUUUACAUGCAUAUGUCUAGGGAACACUAUUCUUGCCACAUAUGCAAGAGGCAGAACCCUGGUCGUGUUGAAUAUUUCGCGAACUAUGAGGACAUUGAGUUGCAUUUUAGAGAAGAUCAUUUCCUAUGUGAAGAUGAAGCAUGUUUGGAAAAGAAGUUUGUUGUCUUCCUGAGUAAAGCGCAGCUGAAGAAGCAUAAUGCUAUGGAGCACGGUGGGCGGAUGUCUCGUUCUCAGAGGAAUGCUGCACUUGAGACACCUAGCAGCUUUAUAUAUCGCAGAAAUGAGCAAGAACAACGGCGUGGCAGGGGCCGUAAUGCUUUCCAUGAUGGAUCUGAUUGUCAUAUCUCAUCGUCUGCAAAUGCUUUCCAUGAUCGAUCUGACUGUCAUAUCUCAUCAUCUGCAAAUGCUUUCCAUGAUAAAUCUGACUGCCAUAUCCCAUCAACUGCACAAAAAGACCGGGCAGCUGCCGAUGGCCAUGCAGGGCGUCUUGACAAUGUUUCAGAGUCGUUUCAGUCAUUAAGUAUUGGAUCCAGUUCUAGGGAAGCUGAAGUUGGCGAAGGCUCAAGGACUGGACGAGUGCUGGAACAGUUGUCCUUCCGACCUCUUUCUGACCCGGAUAUUCCUGACAAUAGUGUUGAAACCUCAUUCCCUUCAUUAUCAGAGCAGCAAUCCAGUCUCAAUCAGAGUGCAAGGGACGCUCCGAGGCUUGGAGAUGAGUCACUGUUCCCCCCUUUGACUGGGUCUAGUAACAAGAUGAAGCAGCCUGUUUUUACGCCUAAGCGUCCUCGAACUUUUCCUGCUGCCGAGGAUAUCCAUGCUGCAAAGAUGCGCUAUGCUCUGGGAAUGAACGAGGACAUGUACUCUGCGUUCAAAGAGAUCGCUGGUGAAUACCGUCGAGGUACCAUAGAUGCUUUUGAGUAUCUUUCAUAUGUCGAGCAGUUCGGACUGUCGCACCUUGUUCCUGAGAUGGUUAGGCUAUUGCCUGAUUCUCGAAAACAGAGGGAACUUGCUGAUGCGCACUAUACAAAUACACGGUUGAAAAACCUCCAAGAAAAUGGAAAUAAUAGGAAGGGGGGAUUCUUCUUAUCAAAGAAGAAAAGCCUCCAAGAAAAUGGAGGUGGAACUAGCGAAUGGAGGUGGAACUAGCAGAAAAUUCAUAUUACAGAAAGCACUGCCGACGGAUGAUGUGAACAGGGCACAAGCAGAUAAUAUUUAGGACACUUUUAGAAGGCUUCAAUCAAACCAUCUUACUUAGAAAGGAGAAGCUGAGGUGUUGUCCAAGGAUGGGUAUCGAUCUUUCAUGGGGUUCAACCGGCCGCUGCUGGACCCUUCAUCUAAUAUGGACAGUGAAAGUCAUCUAGUGCAACGGAGGAGGCAAUAAGGAACCGAAGAAGACAUCAAGGUUUCUCAGAGCUCGUUCAAGUGACAACUCGUUAGCCAUGCUUGAUUUAAGACAGCCAAGUGCAAGCCAUGAAUGUCCACAAAGGAAAUUACAAGGCCUAGAGACGUGAUUGGUGCUUGGAAGAAGAAGAAUGGUGGGGGGCAGAAACUCUUUUUGAUCAAUUGACGGAAGAGUUAUUGCAACUGUAUUUAGACGUAGUAUUUUUUGAAUUUUGAGAUAGAGUCGUGGUAUUGAAAAAUAUUACAGUAUUUUUUUCCAAGAAGUGUUUGGCAACCUUGUAAAAACACUCUCUUUUGAAUACUAUAAUUUAGUAGUUACUAUGGUUUAGUAGAUAUCAUGGUAUUUAUUUUUGGAGUAUUUAAAACUCCACUCUAAUCUAAAGUUUGUUUAUGUA